ACCGUUCGAAAUCUAUUGCGAUCCAACGUGAAGUGCGUGCGCGAAGUCAAUACAUAACCCCAUCGUGUGCAGUGUUGAAUACAAUCUUAUUUUUCUUGACUCAUCUUGCCUAAUAAGGCAAAAAAAAAGAAAACGAAGGAACACUCGACUCUUAACGUGUACGAAUCCACACUUCUUUCGUUUUCACGUUUAAACGGGUUAAAAAUCCGCGCGAACGUGCGAUAAAUAAUGUCUGAUCCGCGUAUUAGAACACUCAAGAUUAAAACAGGAGUAGUGAAACGCCUCGCGAAAGAAAAAGUCACGUACGAGAAAGAAGCGGCACAUCAACGCGAAAGGAUACAAAAAUUGAAAGAGCAGGAUAAAGAUGGCUAUGAUAUAAAGAAGCAAGAGGAGGUGCUUCAAGAAUCUCUUAUGAUGGUACCAGAUUGUCAAAGACGUCUUGUUAAAGCAUUUGAGGAACUCAAAAAGAUAUUAGAUACAGAGGAAGAUUUGAAAGAACUUGAGGAUUAUAUCGAAGCGGAGAAAGUGUUGCAGGAGGCAGAAGCACAGCUACCGAAAGAAGGAAAUAUCUUAGAUAGAUAGAUAUAUAU